CAUUUUUUAGUAGGGCAAGGCAAAAGGGUUUUUGACGGCUGCAAAUCCAGACUAACAAGACAACACAUUACACACAAAAGUAAAGUAAUGCUGGCAAGACUAAGCAUUAGCAGCAGAGGGUUUAAUCAGAGCCAACAACCAUUCAUCUUCACCCUCCAUAGCCGCCUUCGCUUCAACCUCGCUUCCCUUCUCUCUCCCAUGGCUUCUUCCUCUCCCACCACUCAUGUUCCUUCUUUCUCCACCAGUUCUCCCUCUCCCUCUCCCCCGCCCACGAAGCGCAUCGGCACUCACAACGGCAGCUUCCACUGCGACGAAGCCCUAGGCUGCUUCAUGAUCCGCCUCUCCGACAAGUUCGCCGACGCCGAAAUCGUCCGCACUCGCGACCCCCAGGUUUUGGAGGGUCUGGACGCUGUUCUUGAUGUUGGGGGUGUGUAUGAUCCAAGUGGGGAUCGGUAUGAUCAUCACCAGAAGGGCUUUCAAGAGGUUUUUGGUCACGGUUUUACUACUAAGCUUAGUAGUGCAGGACUUGUUUACAAGCAUUUUGGAAAGGAGAUAAUAGCUAAGGAGCUUCAAGCUGAUGAAGGGCACCCAGAUGUGCAUAGGUUAUUUUUGGCUGUUUACAAAAGCUUCAUGGAGGCAAUCGAUGCUGUUGAUAAUGGCAUAAACCAGUAUGAUAUUGAUAAGCCUCCACGGUACGUCAAUAAUACACAUUUGUCCUCAAGAGUGGGGAGAUUUAAUUUGGACUGGACUGAUCCUGACCAAUCAUCUGAGAAGGAGAAUGAGGCCUUUCAACGAGCAAUGGCUCUGGCGGGUAGUGAGUUUUUAGAUAGUCUUCGGUUCCAUGCGAAAUCGUGGUUGCCAGCUAGAUCUAUUGUGAUGGAGUGCCUUUCAGCAAGAUGGGAUAUUGAUCCCAGUGGAGAAAUUAUGGUUUUAAAUAGAUUUUGCCCUUGGAAGCUUCACUUAUUUGAGCUUGAGGAGGAGAUGAAGAUUGACCCUCCAAUCAAAUAUGUCCUUUAUGAGCACACGCAGGACGAGAGGGGCAAAACUUGGCGAGUGCAAGCAGUGGGUGUAUCUCCUGAUAGAUUUGAGAGCCGUAAGGCUCUUGCUUUGCAGUGGCGAGGUCUUAGAGAUGAAGAACUCUCAAAGGAAUCAGGAAUUCCUGGUUGUGUUUUCGUCCACAUGAGUGGCUUUAUUGGCGGAAAUCAUACAUACGAGGGUGCUCUGGCCAUGGCAAGGGCUAGUUUGAAGCUUUGACAAGGCGAUUGACUUGAGUUUUCUUUUCUUAACUGCUUCUCUGAGAUGUACUAUAGCAAGUUCAUUCUCAGUCUCGGUUAUUGUUUCGAAAAAUUUUACCAUAUGGGUAUUGAAAUUCUACCAUACAUUGGAAGAUGCUUAUUCUUACCUCAAAUUAGUACAUUCGUCGGGACAGUGCCUUCUUAUAUCAUAGGGGUAGAGUCCAUGUGUUUUGACUAGUCUUGUUGGACAUUUUGGACUGCUGUUGAGAUUUGCAGGCGUGAAACUUGGA